AUGAAAUUCUCACUCCUCCUCAGCGCAGUCUGCACUGCAGCAGCUACUGCAACUACAACUACAACUGCAAAAGCAGCAACCCACGUAAUCUACUCCUACCCUGGCCCCUCCCCCCCAGCAACCCUCCUCUCCCUCAUCUCCACCGGCAGAGUAGGCGGCCUCAUCCUCUUCGGCGAAAACAUCGACGCCAAUCUCACCACCACCAUCGCCAACAUCCAAAAAACCUACGCCUCGUCCCGAGACUACAAUGGCACGCCCCUGCUAAUUAUGACCGACCAAGAAGGCGGCAAAGUCCGCCGGCUCCCUGGUGGCCCGACACUCUCCGCGAAGAAGGUGGGCGAGUCCCCGGAUCCAGCGUCUACAGCUGCAGAAACAGGGACAGAAGCUGCGGACACACUUGCUAAAUAUGGAGUGAAUGUGAAUCUGGCACCCGUGCUGGGCGUGUAUCGCUCGCCGGGGGACUUUCUAGAUGAGUACGGCCGGUCGUAUGGGAAUACUUCCGGUUUGGUAGCUUCUUGCGCGGAAGCUUUCAUCCGCAACCAGCAGGGCGAUGGGGUGAUUGCCACGGCGAAGCACUUUCCUGGUCUUGGGGCUGCGGGUGCAGACGAGAAUACGGAUCUCGUGCCAGUGUGCAUUGACCUCGGGCUGGAGGAGUUGCGGCGGGUGGAUGAGGCGCCGUAUACGGCUGCGAUUGCGGCGGGGGUGGAGAUGGUCAUGGCCUCGGGUGUGACCAUUACUGAUGCGAUUGAGGCCGGGGCGUUGGGGGCGUAUGGCGAUGAUGCGGCGAGGGGGGUGCUUGCUGCGCAGGCGGGGAUGGAUCUGAUUCUUGCGUCGGCGAGGAAUGUCUCGCAGGGGGAGGUGAUUGUGGAUGCGCUGACGAAGGCGCUGGAGAACGGGGAGGUGGAUACGGAGGAGUUUGAGGCUGGCACGGCGCGAAUCAUGGCAUUGAGACGGACUUUACAUGUAUAG